ACCCAGAAUGCACUUCACUAGUUGUAUGCUUGCGUGGGGGAGGAGGAGCAGUUUAUUAACUCGUCUAUCGUAUCUCAGUUUUCUUUCCGAGAUAUUAUAACUGGAAGAUUUUUAUAUAUAUAAACAAUAUGGACUUUAAAGCUAGAGCCGGCGGUUUUUCAGAGGGACCUGACAAAAUUGACAUGUCUUUAGAUGACAUUAUCCGUUUGAACAAAAAACAGACGUCGAAAAAAGGGACCGCAAAGCGCAUAUUUCCAGCCAAGGGUCGUCUCUCACAAGGAAGGCGGACAGGAUCACUGCCAGGUGGCCCAGCUCAAAGAGGGGGCAUGACUAAGUUUGGCAUACGUGGACAUAAAGUUCCUCUACCAGUAAAGCGUCGGCGUGGUCAAGGGGUCAUCACUGGCCUGGCCGCUCGGAAGUCAGCCACUCUCUUCAAAGGGCUCAGUCCACUGAACCGACCUGUUGCAGAUCAGCUUCCUCAGAAAUCCAGACCGUUUGUUUACGAAGGGCAGCGCAGGCGCAUGAAUCUCCAGAGACGGCCAAACAGGCAGACUGAAGCCCCGAGGCCUCCGCACACACUGACCCCGAGGCCUCCGCACACACUGACCCCGAGGUCACGCAAACCCAUCCAGCUACGCAGGGUGCCACCGCCUAUUCAUCAAGCGCAGAAAGAGGCUCGUCAGGCUACAUUCCUCUACCGAAGAGGCCUUAAGGUUCAAGCUUCAGUUCAGAAGACCAGUGCAGCUCCCGUUGUGCACAAAACGCGCCCAUGGCGCACAUCAACAACGAGUAGUGGAAUAUUGAAGGUUUGCAUCGACAAUCCUUCUGCUAGGACACAACCUGAACCGGCCAGAGCAUGGUCUCUGCUCCCUCAGCCCCCACCUGCUUCAGUGAAGGUGGAGAAGGAGCCCGAGAGAAAGCCUCCCAAAGGAGUUCCUUUGCAGUUUGAUAUCAACAGUGUUGGGAAACAGACUGCCAUGACGCUUAACGAUCGAUUCCGCAUUCUGAAGGAGCGGCGUACAGCAACGGCCCAAAGCAGCGGACCAAAGGCCAGCCGAUUCGUCACCGUGGGCUAGUGACAACUCAUGGAGCCAAUCAGUGAAGCUUAUCCUAGAUAACCUGGUUCCCUGUCCCCAUCACAGACCAGCCCUCUGACCCAAACUCACUGUACAUGAGAAAGAGGAACAGGUACUAUGGGAACCUGAGGCAGUCAUGAGCUUAUCAUGAUUUACAGAUGCAGUCACCUGAUGGACAAAACAAUGAUGGCUGACAGUACAGUGUGCUAUUCCUUCAGUUGAAGAAUCCCGAGGAGACUUCAUUUCAGAAUAUUACUGCAAGUUCCUGUUUUAAUUGAAAACUGCCAUUGUUCUUGCAUUGUUUACGUUCCAAAUUGGUUUGAGUUAUGUAUUCACAACAAAUUCUUUAUUGACAAUUUGACUUAAGAUGAUGGAAGCAUCAGAAGUUGGCAAAUUGAGUGUAAUUAUAGCCGAACAUAUCAAUUUUGUCUUUAUAAAAAAAAACAUUAUAAUGAACUGGAAAUCAGUGGAUUAGUCUGUUCAGAUGUUUGAGUUUUUUAAUGAAGUUUGUUCAGUUUAUAUUUCAAAUAAACGUUUGUGAAAUGUU